GCGUCUUGUCGUCAAGGGCUUUACACAGUAAAAGGUUGGCCUCUCCACCAGCUUGACGUCAACAACGCGUUCCUUCACGGCGAUCUUCGGGAAGAAGUUUAUAUGAAGAUGCCUCAUGGUUUUGCUGCAAAGGGUGACAAUCGCGUUCGCCGACUGCAUCGGUCUCUGUAUGGUCUCCGUCAAGCCUCCCAAAAAUGUCUUUCCUUCACGAUCGAUUCAGCAUCAAAGACCUUGGUCCCCUUAAGUACUUUCUGG